AGAGAGAGAGAGAGAGAUCGUUAUUACUCGACUUUAUUUCUGUAAACAGCUCCCUGAGGUUUCAAGGGGAGAAGCGAAGUCUUAUGUUAGUAGUAAACAUUCAGGAACAGCCGUUAUGUCUGUGGAAGUGCAGCGCGGUCUCGGAAGUGCGCGUUCACUGUUUCGGGGGACACACCAGGAAGAAGUGGGAGCGAUGAGUCUCUUCCAGUGCGCUACCUAAUGUAAACCUUCAAUCUCUCUGAAGGGAGCGGAGUGCGGACGGCGAGGGACAGAGGCGGCAGCGCCCGGCUGAGAACUGUGAACAGAGCGCUCCCCUCCCCCGGACGGAACAAGCAUGUUGCCUGGGAGAGCAGCCGGCCGCGGGGAUUACGGAACCGAUCCGUCCGCUCAUAACAGAACGCACCUGGAGCAGUGGGUUCUGGAACAUAGCCUGUUCGCAUGAGGAACCGAAGGGAAAGAAAAAGUGUUGAACAUGAUGAAAGGAUAUGCCAUGGAAGCGGUUAAAGCCUCUCCCGAAAAGGUCUCUGGACAUCAGCUUGGGGGGAGCCUGUACCUGGCCAGGCCUGCCUGCGUGUGACGAGUGAACUGUGGCCCUCUCCUCCUAGUCUGUUGUUGCCUCUGUUAAAUUGGCCCUCGCUGGGCUGGAAGAGAAAUGCAAUGAGCUUUGCUAUCAUCAGAUAUCCCGGCAUGGACCAAACCGGGCUGCAGGGCCUUGCCACUUAAGUAGACCUCAGCUCCUCUGCCUGGGAUGAGUAAUUGCCACAGGAUUACCCCAAGACUUUCUCAACAGAGUGCACUUACCGCAAAUGCUAGUGCUGACCUAAGGUCUUAAAAGAACAUUCUUUGUUUUUCAUGUCUUUUUUUCACAGUGGAUUUUAUUCAGUUAGAUUUUUUCAUAUUGGUAUUGUUGCUGUCAUGACUGACUGAGUUCCUGGAGCCACAAUUCAGCUUGCACUAUGGAGUUACAGGGGAGACUGUGGAUUACGAACUGUGGGCCUUCUUUCCUGGGAUCUUGGAUAACGCUUUUGAUCAGCCUGCAGUUUUUGCAGCUUCACCUGGCCUUGGCCUGCCCAAAGGAGUGCCGCUGUGACAAAAUCUUCAUCUACUGCAACGAGCGCAGUCUGACAUCUGUGCCUCUGGGAAUACAGGAAGGAUACAAGACCCUCUUCCUCCACAACAACCAGAUCAACAAUGCCGGUUUCCCCCUGGAACUGCACAAUGUGGCCUCUGUGGAGACGGUCUACCUGUACGGCAACCAGCUAGAUGAGUUCCCCCUGAACCUGCCAAAGAACGUUCGGGUCCUCCACCUGCAGGAAAAUAACAUCCAGACGGUCUCCCGGGCAGCCCUGGCCCAGCUCUCCCGGCUGGAGCAGCUACACCUGGAUGACAACUCCAUCUCCACUGUGGGGGUGGAGGAGGGUGCCUUCCGGGAGGCAGUCAGCCUGAAGAUGCUCUUCCUUUCUAAGAACCAUCUGAGCAGUAUCCCUAUUGGCCUGCCUGAGGGCCUGAAAGAGUUGCGGCUGGAUGAGAACCGCAUUGCCAUGAUUGCAGAGGAAGCCUUCAGGAACGUGUCCAAGCUAGAGCGCCUCCUGCUGGAUGGAAACCUCUUGACGGAUGAUGGCAUCCCCCCCUACACCUUCCGGGACCUGGUCAACCUCCGGGAGCUGUCCAUGGCCAGGAACUCCCUGACGGUGCCCCCACCCCUGCCACCAGGAAACUUCCUGCUGCGGCUCAGCCUGCAGGAAAAUCAGUUGGUGGAAAUUCCUGUGUCAACCUUUUCCCACCUCAACCAGCUCCUGAAGCUGGAUAUCUCCAACAACCAGCUACAGUCUCUGACGGAGGGGGUCUUCAAUGGCCUGGUAAACCUGAAGCAGUUAACUGUCCGCAACAACCUGUGGCGUUGUGACUGUGGGAUCAGGUGGGUGAUCAUGUGGCUAAAGAGCCUGCCGCCAAUGAUUAACGUCCGGGGGUUCAUGUGCCAGAGCCCCGAACAGGCACGGGGCAUGGCAGUACGAGAGCUCAAUCUGGAUGCAGUUCAGUGCCCAGAGAGCACUGGCACCCCCUCUUUACCAUGGUUUACCCCUCUGCCCACAUCCCUUGCACCUGCCACUGUCACCCUGCCUCCUUCACCCAUGUUCUCUCCUGCAACCCCACCCCCUUUGCUCCCCAUACCCACGACAGAUUGUGACCAGGGUGGUCCUGCCCUCCUGCCACCCCGCCCCCCACAUAUAGAUCCUCUGCAGAUAUCAUUCCACGUGGUGAACGACACCUGUAUCCAGGUGAUUUGGAGCUCUGGCUUUCCUGUUACUGCAUACAAGGUCUCCUGGGCCAAGAUGGGACAGAGUCUGGUAGGUGACAAACUGCAGGAGCAAACUGUUGGGGGGGACCGUCGGCGGUUGGACCUGGUAAAACUGGAGCCUAAGUCCACUUACCGCAUUUGUGUCUACAUCCUGGACAGCUUCAAUAGCUACCGUCCAGGAGACGAUACCAUCUGCUCAGAGGCCACCACUAAAUCCUCUCCUUACAGGCCCAGCAACAAGGCCGGUGGGCCAGAGCAGGCCACACAACAGAAUGCCGGCUCUCAGAUCUUGCUGGCUGGCCUGAUCGGGGGUGCAAUUGUGGUAGUCCUGGUGGUCCUCCUAAGCAUGUUCUGCUGGCACAUGCACAAGAGAGGGCCGUCCUCAUCCAAGUGGAAGUACAACCGGGGACGGAGAAAAGAUGACUACUGCGAAGCAGGGACAAAGAAGGACAACUCUAUCCUGGAAAUGACUGAAACUAGCUUUCAGAUUGUCUCCCUUAAUAACGAACAGCUCCUGAAGGGAGACUUCCGGAUACAGCCUAUUUACACCCCGAAUGGGGGGCUGGGCUUUGGGGACUGUCACCUUAGUAACAGCAGCAUAGCACACUGCAAAAGCAAUGUUCCAAAUGCUGACUGCUGUCACACAUGAUGGCUUUCAGUUCACUGUAGAAUCUUUGUAAUAAGAAUACACUUCACUUUUCUGUACUAUAUAUUUCGAAGACCUGUCUACAAUGUCAUUUAUACCGUGGACAACUAUGUGGAAUCUAUCUUUUUUCUAUUCCUUAGUAAACAUGCAAAAUGUUUUUUAAUUUGUUGGUUUUUUGGAGUGGUGUUACUCAAGCACUGAACAGAUGAGUUUAUACAAUCAAAGCUGUGGAGCUACUUCUUGCAGAUGCUGUUCAGUUUUUACUUUGGAGUGUUAUAAGGUCUGGAGUCUUUGCUAACCACAGAUGCAAAAUAUGCCUUUUGCACAGAAACACAUUAACCCCUUCACAGAACAGUGGUUAAGAUAACACAGUUGUCACUGAGUGUAAAAGCAUCUGAUUUGACUACGAAAGAAAAGUGGGGGUUUUGAUGCAGGACCUUGAAAAGAGGCUAACCAGCCAUGCAGGAUGGUUUUUGUGCAAAUCACAAGGAAACUGAAUUAAUUUCAGUACACAGUGAGUUUGACUGGGGAAAGGGAAUAAUGAAAACGAUCCUGUGAAUUAAGUUAGUAAUGCAUAGAAUCACCAAAGGUGGAAAAUCCAGGUUCAAUAGGUAAAAGUCCCCAGUAUUUUGUUCCAGUCACCUAGAUCUGCUAAUUAGCACAAUUGUUCAGCCAGGAGGUAAUUAGUGAAAUCAGCUGGCAGAGUUUAUGGGUGGAUGAAAUACAUGGACGGACUUUUACUUUCUGACCCCUGAAUUUUCCACCUCUGGGAAACACUUAUGUUUGCUUGUGCAGAAACUCCUGACCACCAGGGGCAGGUGUAUUCAUUCUAUACAGAAGACCUGUUCUUCAUGUAUUCUUGGAAAACACUGCAUCCAUUAACUUUUCUUUUUGGUUUAAACUAUCAGCAAUUUUGACACGUCACUUCUACAGACAAACACUUUGUUAUGCAAGCACUUUGUUUAUAGCAUUCAAUUAGAUUAUUGUGUUCUUCACAGCAUCAAUCAUCACAUUCCAGCCUCUUUUUAAAAUGAAUUGUGCACAAUUCUACUUGAUACAUAUCCUCUAAAAUGCACAUAUAUGUUUAUCAAUAAUUGAAAAAUAUGAAGGAACAAUUGUUUUCUGUGGUGGGUGGCAUUUGGGAAUUUAGUACCUCUUUGUCUUUCACCAGUCAAUCACAGGGAAAAUAGUAAUAAUAUCCCUGAAUUAUUAAUGGCAGUCAGCAUGGAUCAUUAGACUUCUUCAUUGGUUUUCUGAUUUCAAGCUGGCUAAGCAUGAAUUUAGCAUCUCUAGAGCCAGUGACAUCUGGUGAUGCCAAAAUGUCGAUAGAGGUGAUAAAAGUACACCAUUGAUCUGUGCAAAUUACCCAGGGUUCUGAUCUUAAAAAAAAGGUGAAUGAGUUUUUAUAUUUAACUGCUUUCCCAUCUCUUCAAAGGUAAAAUUAAAAUAUGUUCAGUAUUGCACAUGGUUCCUGAAAUGGCUUACAGUUUGAAAUGCAAUUUUCCACCCAUAAUGUAUUUAUUACAUACUUUUACUUGGGCUAAGUUGGAUUUGACAACAACUUCAUUUUACCUGGUCUAUUCAAAGAAUUCCCCCUCUAUAAUCCAACAUCCAAAAAUGGAGAAUUACAAAAAGACUGGAUUUUUCACCUGUAGUUUGCCUGACCAGCUAAAAGAGAUGAAGGUGAAAUUAAUCCAAUAACCAUACAUUUGACUUCCUUUUGCAUUUGCCCAUUUGGUCAGCCAGAAACCUAUGCUGGCUUAAACCUCACUAUGAUACAUUUGCUCAAAAGCAAAGUUAUCAUCUGGUUCAAACAAAUAUAUCUGGCAGCAUCUUACUCUGUGGUUACCAAAGUCUUUUUUUCUGGUUCUUAUUAAUUACAGAUGAAAAAAUGUUUAUGAAAUGUUAUAAGAACUGCACUCUGGUUUUCUGAGCCUUGUCAGAGCAUAAUGCUUCCUUUCUCAAAGGCAGGCAUCCACAGACAUUUAUACUAUAAAGCAGCUCAUUAAAUCUUCAGAGAGUGCUUAAGGAAACAAGGACUUCAGUUCACAAAGUCUAAAGCCUUGCUUCUGGUGUUUAUUCUUGACAAAAAGCUAGCGCUGUACCACAACUGCCAGUAUGAUAACUUGGUUGAUUUUGCCUUACCCUUACCCCAUUUUAAUAACAUCACUCAUGUUCCUACAGUCAAUCUGAGUCUUAAAUCAAUUGAUCUUUUGAUAAGAUGGAAAUAGUAAAAUAAUCACAAUAUGGGAAGCACAUGCUAAGAUCACAUCACACACAAUGUAUAGAAUGCCUGCCAUUUUGAAAAGUGUCUCAAUUAAUAAGGUUAAAAAUAAUAGUCAUUGAGGUGAGGCGAAUGUAGAGGGAAUUUAACUAUGACAUUCUGCUUUUUAUGUUGCUUUUUAUUUCUCCAUAACUCGUCUAGAAUACUCACAUUGCAGUGCUAAUGCACAUUACUGCACUGUAAUCAGUGGUUAUCAGCAGUUUCCGGUUUUUUUGUAUUCCUGGCAUACAUAACCUAAGAUGAUGCCUAGUGGAGGUCUGAAAUAAGCACGAAGGGAUUGCACCAUUAUUCUUGUCAUAAUUUCUCAAUGCAUCUACAAGUAAUCAGGUUGUUUUUGUAAGUUAUGACACUGAGUAAAUACUCACCAAGUUAUUAUUGCUCUUACUAUGGCAGCAUUUGCGCAUACUUUAUUCAUACAAUCAGUUCAGAAUGACUUGAGGAUCUAUUCAAUCCAACUGCAAAGCAUAUAAAGAAAAUAUAAAUAUAAAUAAUAAAAAUAAUAAUAAUAAUAAUAAUAAUAAUAAUAAUAAUACAUUUAAAAAAAUGUUUUACUGUAGACAACUCUGCAACUUUCCCAUUUGCACUUGGAUUGAGUUAACAUUGAUGUACAUGAGGCUACUUGGGAACCAAAGUUUACUUUUUGUUCUCUUACAAAUUACUGUUGUUGUUUUAUGUAUGUGCCUUGAAAUUAACUUACAAUGUAAAGUCCUUGAAACUUUAAAAUGUUUUUGCACAAAAUGUAAAUAUAGAACUGAUGUUUUAUUUGGAAAUAAAAAAGCCAUGAGAUUUUAACUUUAACUUUAUUUACCUAAACCCUAAUAUUAAGGAUUCUCAUUUUCACACUCAUCAAGGGGAACAAAAAAAAGGAGAAAAAAGUGGUUUCACUGUUUAAAUAUCAGCCUAGAGGUCCUUUGUAACAAUAAUUCUGUUUCUUUUUUAAACAUACACAUUAGAGUAGGUGCUAAAUAUGUUUUGUCCAGUUGAGUACUAGAAAACCUGAGUUGGCAAGGAGUCAGUUCCUCAGUCUGGGGGAUGGAGACCUGAACAAUUUUCAUGGGGAAAUGGUGGAGAAAUGUUUCAUUGUCUCUGUACAGUAUCUGGCUCUUUCUCUGUCUCUGUUUCUAAGGUUGUUGUGCAUUGUUAAGAUGAUUUCGCAAUGAUCUGCAAACGGCAACGCCCAAGUUUAUUUGAAUGUGUUUUGUCAUUAAUUGUUUUACAUGCAUUGCAUCAUCACAUUAGUUAUUUUUCAGCUUGUAGGGGGACAGAGUGAUCAACCGUUACAUGAUGUGUUUAUCUACAGCCUUAUGGACUGGACCAUCUCAAUCACCCACACAUACGCAAACACACAGCCACACAUACAGUACAUACCCGCAUGUCUGCAUACACAGAAACACACAUGCACACACACACUCAGACACUGCUAAUCUUAUUGCCCAUCUGAUUUAUCAGAACCUUAAAGACUACUAUCCAAAAGUUAUUAAAUUGCAUGCUUGAAAAAAGCAGCUCAAAAAAUAACUUCAGUAUUAUCUGCUAUCAGACUUUAAUAGCACUGGGGCUUUGUGGUUGAGGUUGGGCUGUACUAGAGGGAUUUUUUUUUUCUUAUUAGAUUGCAUCAUAACUGUGCAUCCACUGUUUUUAAUCCAUUCCCAUGGCUUGUUUGGGCUUGCAGAUAAUUUGAUCUUGCUGAUAAUUCAUCACAGUUAGUCAAAUGCUGAAGUUCUCUAUUAAGUGCAUAUAGGGUAGAAGUUUAAAAGAAUUAAUUCAUUGUUCCAUCUGGUUCAUUGUAGGACCGGCUCCACUGGAACCCAACACUCUGUAUCUUCAGAUCAUUCUGGGAAAAAGGACAGGUUCUCUCCAAUAUUUUUGCCCUGCUUAAUUUCCAACAUGCCAUGGUCUGCUCUUCAUGCUUUACCCAGGAAAUGUCAGACCAUCAUGAAAAAUAUCUCUCUCAACUCAUUCUUACUGCUGACGUCAUGUGAGAUGUCACAGGAAUCAUGGAAUUCUGGGGGGAAAAACACAUCCUACUUGUGAAAUGUAAUUGGUGGAAUGAAAAAUAUUGUGUUUUA